CCAAGACGUCGUCGUCUCAUUCAGUUAGAACGUCUUCAUCAACGAGCGUUCCCUGGCUUAGCUUCUACUUAAAGAAAACAGGGAAGAAAGGAUCGUAUAAUAGAGUUAUAGAAGGCAACCUUCUACUACUUCUUUGUGCCUUCUUCAACAAUGGCGUCCUCACCUCUUUUCCCCCUCCUCCUCCCACUGCUUCUUUCUUCCAUUCUCUUGCUGAAUCACCCAGUCAAAUGUGAUGAUGAGGAUGAUCUUCUUCAAGGCAUCAACAGCUAUCGAGCAUCCUUGAACUUGGCAGCUCUAUCAAAGAAUGACAAUGCAGCGUGCCUUGCUGGUGAAAUAGCUGACCAAUUCAAGGAUCAACCCUGCACAAACACCACAGGGUCCAACACGGUACCGGGCACCGAGCCGCAAUUUGCCGAUUACCCGAACCUUUUAACCAAAUGCCAUUUGAAUGUCUCCAACACGCAGGAUGGGGUCAUAAUGCCUGCUUGUGUACCCAAACUGGAGCCAAGUCUGGUCCUCACCAACUUUACAGGGUCUCAGUACUCGGGUAAUCUCAAUGACACCAAGUUCGUAGGAGCUGGGAUUGGCUCUAAAGAUAAUUGGAUUGUCGUUGUUCUGACCACAAAUACAUCCACUGGAAGCUUUGUCCCUUUCAACGCUGCCAGCGUAGUUUCCAGAAUUGGUUUGAUCUUCCAUUUGCUGUUUUUGCUGAUGGGUUCUAUCUUCCUGUUGUAAACUAAGACGAUGGCCAGACCCUUUGUUUUCUUGACAGUUUUUGGAGGAUUACUAGUCCAUUGGCCAUGUUACAAACUUGCGGCACAGGAGUUUUUCCACUUUUCCAACAUAUUUAUAUCAAAAAAGAUAACGGAAUACAGAGCUGCUUUCAUGGUGAGAACGGAGCAGGUUAUGCAAGGAUAUGUCUUGUUAUCAUCAUUGUUGACAUUGUUUUGUUCUGCACUUCUUGGUUUCAUGAGAUGAGAAUCGGAAGCAAGAAUCUAGAACUGUUCCAUUCAUUUCAUUUUAUCAAUAUAAUUCGGCGUGAUGUUAUUUGAACCUCCAAGCGUUUUAUGAAAGUAUCAACUUAUAAUGUUUUUUCUCAGGU